AUGACUUCAUCUACAAAUGAUAUACUUGGUCAAAAAUUAUUUGAUGGUAAAACGAAAACAAUUUAUUCUAUGAUUGAUCAACCUGGUCUUAUUUGUAUUUACCGAAAAGAUUAUUAUUUAACAUCAGGGGGAACAUUAAGUAUUCCAGGUAGUCGUCGAACAAGUGUUGAUAGUUCAGUUCGUUUUAAUCAACAGCAACAACAACAACAUCUUUAUUAUAAUAAUACUAAUAAUAGUAAUAAUUCAAAUUUAUAUAUUGAAAUGCCUGGUAAAGGUGCAUUAACUACAUCAAUAACAGCAUGUGUUUAUGAAAUUUUACGUGAAGCAUCAAUUCCAACAUUUUAUGUUGCACCACAUCGACAACCGGAUAUGUUCAUUGCAAGAAAAUGUACAAUGAUACCAAUAUUAUGGAUUAUUCGUCGUUUAGCUAAUGAAACAUAUGUUCAACGUAAUCCAGGAAUCGUUAACGGACAUCGAUUUAUUCCACCUAUUGUUGAAAUUUAUCAUAAACGUCAUCCACUUAUUUAUAGACGUUUAACAGCAGCAAAUAUUGAUGAUAGUCUUGACUCUUCUUGUGAAAGUUCAUUAGAUGAAGAAGAUUCUGAUUCCGAUGAAUGCCUAUCAUCAAUAUGGUCUUAUGAACAACUUCUUAAUGCACAUUUUGAUGUUGAAGAUUUAAAAAUUACACAAACUGAAAUUGAAUAUAUGUAUGAAACGUGUUGUACUAUAUUUGAUAUACUUGAACAUAUAUGGAUGGUAAAGAAAAAUUGUCAGUUAAUUGAUUUAAAAAUUGAAUUUGGAAUAACAACAACUAUAACAAAAGAAAUUGUUGUUGCCAAUACAUUUGAUAUCGAAACAUGGCAUGUUUUAGGAAUUGUACAUAAAUCAGAUCAUCACUAG